AUGCCCUUCAUACCAACAGCCGAUGAGUGGCUCACACUCUCGGCCCAACUUCUCGAAGCCAGACCAACAACUACAGCAGCCCGCGCCCGCAAGGCCAGGUCAAAACCCCAAGAUGCCACCGAGGCCGACACCCCCAUGCCCGAUGCGUCCGCCUCCACAGCAAGACCGCCCCGCGCGAAGCUGAUCCUCAAGGCCUUCGACCCUCAUAGCGGCGUGUGUCUGAAGUACAAGACCGCCAAGGCUCAGGAGGUCGGGCGGCUGGUGCAGAUGCUCGGAUCGCUAGGGCGCAACAUGGCCGCAAUGCCGUCGGCGCUGCCUGCUGUGGCAGCGGAGGAGGAUCUGGCGGGGACGGCAGCGACGCCGCCGGUGACCGGAGGAGCACAGCUGGGGGGAGCACCCGCGGCAGGAGGUGCAGGCGAUGGAGGCAAGGGCAAGAAGAAGAAGAAGGGCAAGCGAUGA